AGAGCAGGAAAAAUGAAGCUGGCAAGUGGGAUGCUACAGCCUGACGUGCGCAAGGGCUUGAUCAGAUUGUUUACCUCACCAGAAGAUCAGCUCCUCCACUUCACCUGGACUUCAAGGUCUAAUGGAAUCGAAACAGUUGAGGAUGAUCGCAUCUUGUUUCCUGGGGAUGCUACAUUCUCGUAUGUAGAACAAGCUCGUAACAAUCCAAAGAACAACAGGGUGUACGUCCUCAAGUUCGUCGAUUCAAACGAGAAGAUGUUCUUUUGGAUGCAGGAGCCAAAUCCUGAC